AUGGCUUCUUGUUCAAUUCGUCCCUCGCUUUCUUCAUUCAACAAGUUACCUUCUUUUUCUUCACGCAACCUUUCUCAGAGACUCUCUCUUUUUCAUCUUCGCAAUGGUGUUAGACAACCUCCCCGUAACUUUGGUCUUAAAGCAUCUGGGUUGUUGAGACGUGACAGUAGAUGUAUGAGAUUGAUGUCAUCUGGGAGUAUGUCUCCAUCGGCUACGCGGGAAAAUGCAUUAGAUUGGGUGAAGCAGGACAAGAGAAGAAUGCUUCAUGUCGUAUAUCGUGUUGGGGACUUGGACAAGAGCAUAAAAUUUUAUACAGAGUGUCUAGGAAUGAAGGUGCUCAGAAAACGUGACAUGACGGAGGAGAGAUAUACUAAUGCAUUUCUUGGAUAUGGGCCUGAGGAUGCACACUUUGCUAUUGAACUAUCAUACAAUUAUGGGAUUGAAACGUAUGACAUUGGAACUGGAUUUGGCCAUUUUGGUGUUGCUUUGGAUGAUAUUCCUAGAGUUGUGGACAUUGUCAGAGCUAAGGGUGGCAUAAUAACUAGGGAGCCAGGUCCUAUAAAGGGAGGCAAUUCAACUAUUGCAGUUAUUGAAGAUCCUGAUGGGUAUAAACUUGAACUAUUGGAAAGGGCUCCCUCUCCCGAACCCUUGUGCAAAGUAAUGCUUCGGGUGGGUGAUCUUGAUCGAUCCAUAAAAUUUUAUGAGAAGGCUGUUGGUAUGGAGCUGCUUCGUACACAAGAUGAUCCAGAAUCCAAGUGUACCAUUGCAAUAAUGGGCUAUGGUCCAGAGGAAAAAAGCACUGUUCUGGAAUUGACUUACAAUUAUGGCGUCAGAAAAUAUGAUAAAGGAGAUGCAUAUGCUCAGAUUGCAAUAGGCACAGAUGACGUGUACAAAACUGCAGAAGCGAUUAAACUCGCCGGAGGAAAGAUUACUCGUGAAGCUGGACCGGUACCUGGUUACAGAACAAAAAUUACAUCAUGCGUGGAUCCCGAUGGUUGGAAAACGGUUUUUGUAGAUAAUCACGAUUUUCACAAGGAGGUUGAGUAG